ACACGUUUGCCUCUGGUUGCCCCCAAAAGCCGGUGUCCUGAGAUUCGUUGCGUCUGGUCCGGUUCGUUAGGGUCCAAUUCAUCCCUCAACUGAGUAAUUUACAGUCAAAAUAACAUUAAAAGAAAAAAUUUCACUGUCUUGGCGAGGAGACUUUGGAACUGAAGCAAAAUAAGCUUUUGCGGACCGUUCCCGACAAAUAAACGUGAACAAGAUACUUACAGUUCACAGAGGCUAAGAAUAACCAGAGCUUGAAGAUGGAUGAAGAUCACAGUAACGGCGGCUUUUUGGAGACAGGAAAAGCGGAUAGAUCGGUGUGGUUAAUGAAGUGCCCGGUGGUGGUGGCCAAGUCAUGGAAGAGCCACACCGCUUCUUCUUCUUCUUCCGAUUCUCAGUCAGUCGCCAAGGUUGUCCUCUCCCUGGAUCCUCGCAAACCGGACGACCCUUCUUCUCUCCAGUUUACUAUGGAGUUGGCUGGAUCCGAGACUGGAAAUAUACCGAAAAAUUACUCUUUAAAUAUGUUUAAAGACUUUGUUCCUAUGUGUGUCUUUUCUGAAUCAAGUCAAGGUAGGGUUGCAAUGGAAGGAAAGGUUGAACAUAAAUUUGACAUGAAACCACAUGAGGAAAACCUCGAGGAGUAUGGGAGGCUGUGUCGUGAAAGGACAAAUAAGUCCAUGAUCAAGAAUCGACAAAUACAGGUUAUUGAUAAUGAUCGUGGAGUGCACAUGAGGCCAAUGCCUGGAAUGGUUGGCUUAAUUUCAUCCAACACCAAGCAGGAUAAGAAGAAAGCAGCGCCAGUUAAACAAACAGAAAUGAAGAGAACCAGACGGGAUCGUGGAGAGUUGGAGGAUAUAAUGUUCAAGCUGUUUGAAAGACAACCAAAUUGGGCUUUAAAGCAACUUGUCCAAGAGACUGAUCAGCCUGCUCAAUUCCUGAAAGAGAUACUGAAUGAGCUUUGUGUGUACAACAAGAGGGGCACCAACCAAGGAACUUAUGAGCUUAAGCCAGAAUAUAAAAAAUCGGUCGAGGACACAGGAGCUGAAUAGCUCAUAUCUAGCUGUAAUUUAUUGUUUCUUUUUCUCUCCCUUUUUUUCUUAAAUUAAUGGGGCCAAGUCUGAAAGAACCCUCAUGAAGAGGAUAGAGAGAAAAAUCAGCUAAAGAUACAGUGAUUUUAACCAAGGAAUCAAGGGACAACACUAAACGUGUUCGGGGAAGGGAAACUUAUCCGCACCUGGACCUUUGAAGUCCACGUGGUGCAAUUUAAACCAUCUUUGAUAAUAUCUGAGUAGGGGUCUAGGGGGAAAAAUAUGUCUAAAUCAAAAUAUAAUCUCAAAGCCUGAUCAAUAAAAAGAAAAUAUCUAUUGUGAUACGUAUAUUAUGUGUAUUUGCACUUUGAUGCUCCUUGCAUAACAACUAUGGUUAGAUUGUUCAUUCUUUUAACUAGUUUACAAGAGUAGUUACUUACGUUU